CUAAGUCCUUGAAUCCUUAUCCAAAUGUUUGUUCACCAAUACUAUUCAGUUUAGGUUAGAUCUGUAUGGGUUGAUCGCCUGUUCGAGACUGGGGGAAAUCCAGUAGCGGCCAUGGACGACGUUGAUCGUUUGUUCGAGUGCUUCAAAUGCGGCGUCUCUCCACCACAAUCUGCACUCAGAGUGAGAAAAACAAAGAAAGACAAAAUGAAGCAAACGAGUUCAACACAAGAAGAGUCCCCGUGUUCUGACAUUCCUUCUUCAGGAUCAGCAGGAGAAGACCAGCAUAAGGCAAUUGAUUUGCAGCAGUCUAUGCAGAAACUGAGUUCUCCAGCUGUUAAAAGAAACAACUUCAACAAUGGCAAGCGCUUCUCUCCAAUUGUGUUCUAUGGUUCUCCACAUGGUGUGCCACCAAAAAGACCAAUUCGUUUAUUGCGAUUGUUACAUGAAAUCCGUGUUGAUCUCACUGAACAAAAUAAAUUAAGAGAAGACAUAUGGGCUACAUUCCCAAGGCAGGAUGAGGCGAUGAAGUAUGCAAAAGAGCAUCCCCAUGCUCGUGUGUUCAGUUACCAAGAUCAUAUCAAUGGGCAACGAAGGUUCCUUGUUUCCUCAUAUAAGGAGUUUUGCCAAAGGUAUAAAAACAUGAACCCGAAGUUCCGCCAUCAUUAUGAAGUGAUUCAGGAGGGAUUGCCAUGUCACCUCUAUUUUGAUUUGGAGUUUAGUAAGAGAGAAAAUCCGGAAAGGAAUGGAGAGGAAAUGGUUGAUCUCCUGCUAUCAGUUAUCUUUGAUGCCUUAUCUGACAAGUACUUUAUUCAAGGAAACCAUGACUGGGUUGUGGAACUUGAUUCUUCUACUGAAGAAAAGUUUUCUCGUCAUCUAAUCAUCCGCUUACCGAAGGCAGCUUUUAAGGACAACUCACAUGCUGGUGCAUUUGUUGCUGAGAAUGAUGAAGAAAUGCUCAUGGCAUCCUUAAUCUGCAAUAUGGAUGUCAACUGUGAAGAGCUUCUAAUCUGCAAAAUGGAUUUGGAUUGCGUGAAGGCCCUGCACUUUGAUAUUGAGAUAAACAGCGAUUUUUGUAAACAAUCUGAUUUUCCCCAAGAAUUUAUAUUGAAUGCUUGCACAACCGAUGCUUCAAGAACUUACUUGAUGGGAAAAUCACCUUUCCCAGCUUUGGACAUGUUUGUGGAAUCUGUGGCCUCUAUAGGAAAUGUACCAGGAAAAAUUCGAAGUUGGUUUUGGUUAUCCGAGUAUGGAUUGAUGGUGUACAGCAUGUCGAGAAAUAGAUACUGCGAACGAAUUGGUAGACAACAUAAAAGCAAUCACGUGAUUUACGUCGUCGACCUAAGAAGGGCUGUAUAUUAUCAGAAAUGUCAUGAUCCUGAUUGCAGAGGUUAUCGAUCUCCCUUGCGUCCUAUCCCUACCGAUGUCAUCCCUGAUUCUACAAGUUUCUUCAAUAUAGUGGGGCAUAAUGAAGGUGACGAGCCGAUAACUUUUGGGAGUGAUGAAAGAAUUACUGACAGCUGCAAGAAAGAUGGGUGGUGGCUUGAGGCCAUAAGUGUGGCCGAAAAGGUUGAAAAUUUGCAAAAAUCUCUGGAUCUCACAGAUAUGGAUGAAACAUGUGACAAAGACGACGACUGGUGGAUGGCAGUUGAGAGGACUGCAUCUCAAACUGAACUAACAUACUUCAAACAAAUCUAGCGACGGAGAAGGGUUGUUGGCUGAUAACUAUUCCAGCCUGUUUGAUUGCUGUUGCUUCGAUGCUUAAGCAGGAAACACUCGAGACACGAUGGUCAUGGUUUAGCUAGCACAGAAUAUUUGGUCUGUACAAUCAUGUCAGUGUUGGUUAUAUGCAAUAUCUAUCUAAACAGUUCCUCAGAUGAACCCAGCAUCUGGAUGGAAAACAGUCUGAAUGUUUGGAUUUGUGUGGCUAGUGUGACAAAUUGUAUCAAUUAGGUGACGUCUGUAAAAAUGUAAUAAAAUAUAUGAGCAAGUAAAUAUUAUAUUUUGUUCCAAUCCUUUUUUAGUUACAAUAAGGUAAAGGAAAAG